AUGGCGCGGGUGUACGCAGAUGUGAACGCACGGCUGGGCCCCUCAUGGUACGACUAUGAAGUCAUGGCAGUCGACUGGAAUGUGCCGGAUCGAUAUGAGAUAGUGAGGCGAAUCGGCGGCGGCAGAUACUCCGAGGUCUUCGAGGGCAUCGACUCGUCAAACGAGGAGUCAUGCGUCAUCAAGGUGCUGAAGCCCGUCGCGAAGAAGAAGAUAAAGCGCGAGAUCAAGAUCCUGCGCAAUCUCGCCGGGGGCCCGAACGUCAUCCGCCUUAUGGACACCGUCCAUGACGGUCCGUCACGCUCGAACAGCCUCGUCAUGGAGUAUGUAGCGAACACGGACUGGAAGGAGCUGUUCUGCACGUUGACCGAGAUGGAGAUCAAACACUACCUCUUUCAGCUCCUGCGAGCGUUAGACUUCGUCCACUCGAGGGGAAUCAUCCACAGAGAUGUCAAGCCCGCCAACAUCAUGUUUGACCGUGCGCGCCGUAAACUGCGUCUCAUUGACUGGGGACUUGCCGAGUUCUACCAUCCAGGAGUGGAGCUACACAUUCGCGUCGCGUCGAGGUACUUCAAAGGCCCGGAGCUGCUAGUUGGAUACAAGCAUUACGAUUACAGCCUGGACAUAUGGAGUGUUGGCUGCAUCCUCGCAUCUAUGCUCUUCAAACGAGAGCACUUCUUCCGUGGCAGGGACAAUGAUGAUCAGCUACUCAAGAUCGUCAAAGUCCUUGGGUCCGAUGAUUUCGAGCGAUACCUCACGACGUUCCGUCUCUACCUGCAAACAUACGACGAGGAGCUUCUCCAGAGCUACCCCAAGAUCCCAUGGAGCAGGUUCGUGACAGCGGACAACCGGGCCAACGUCAGCACGGACGGCAUCGAUCUCCUCGACAAGCUGCUGCGGUACAACCACCUCGAGCGGCUCACCGCGGCAGAGGCCCUCGCGCACAGUUUCUUCAAUGCGGUCCGACUCGAGACGCUCUCCAACCCUGCCGAGUGCGUGAGCGACUCUGGCUUCUACUCCGCGUGA